AUGGCGACCACCGUUGUUGAUUUUGGUGAAAGUAAAGAGAAAACAUUGUUUACCGGCUCAUCCGAAGAAGAUAUAGCAUGUGCUAAGGGAUUUUGGCAAUCAGUACAGCUCAAUCCAACUAUUGAAUCAAGAUUGGUAUCAAGUGAUGUAAAACAACGUCUAAAAGUGGCACCUCAAGCGGGACAAGGUGUGAACCACUCAUACAAACGAAUUGAAUACCCACCUCAACUAACAGAAUUUUUAGAAACUGCACACUCUAUGGAACAAACUGAAGAAUUGGAGAAAAUACAAAGGUUGUCACAGUUUAGGGAAGACACAUUGACAAUGCUGGGUAAACGGAAAACAGAAAGAAUUGCUAAAGAGACUAUUUCAACUCACAAAGGAAUUACAAAGAAAGAGACAUUUCCCAUGGCUAUUGAAAUUGAGGAUAAUGAUUUUGAAGACAGUCCUGAAUUUACUAUGAACGAAAUAGAUAAAUUCAAUAAACAAAAAUCUCUGGACGAUGAUGAUGACUCGGAUUAGAUUGAUCAGAUUAACAUUUUGCUGAUAGGAAUAUGAUUACCCAUUCAGUAUUGUCUCUUAUGUAAUCAAAUACGAAGGAGGGUUAUUUCACUAUUUACCAAGUGACUGGGCCUGUUCAGUAGUUACUGUACAACUGUACAAGGAAUCACUUUUGAGUUUUUGUUCUGAAAAAGUUAGUAAAAUCAUAAGCACAAUGUUCAAUAAGCUUAUUGGAUUGAUCAAAGUUUCCUGAAAUUAUAUUGUGCAUUAAAGUGUGAUAUAAAAGUAAUUUUCUCAAACAAUAAAUAUUUUGGCAAUUUAUUUGUUU